AUGGAUAAGAGGACCGGAAAGGGUAGGCAAAAAAUUGAAAUGAAACUGAUUGAAGAUAACGAAGCACGCACUGUUACUUUAUCGAAAAGGAAAAAAGGCUUGUACAAGAAAGCAAAGGAGUAUUCAACUCUCACCGGAGCAGAUGUAGGUGUUGUGCUUAUCACAGCAAGUGGAAAAGCACAUUCCUAUGGCUCCACAAGUAUAGAAAAAAUAACAAAUAAGUUUCUUGAAUUGAAACAAGACGAUCGCCAAAGUGAUCAUGAUGAUAUGGGCAAAUCAGAUGUCUUUGAGACAUUUGAAGAUCUUCGCAAAGAAGUACAAGCAUUGAACGAGAAAGAAAAAGAGCGAAUACUAAGGUACAAAAUCAUGCACCUUCACUCAGAAGUACCGCCGGACAAACACAGGUUGAAGCAGCUGGAGGCAAUCAAGUCGUGGUUGGACAAAAUUAAAAAAAGGAAAGAAAGGUCAUGUUCCAGCCAAACUAAUCAAGUUUGA